AUUACGACUUGUGUAUUUUUGUAAAUUGUGAAGAUUUAUGUAAUUUUAAACCAUUAUGUCUAUCGAAAAUUAGGAUUGUGUUGGAGCAAUAGAUGGUACACAUGUUCGUGCAUCUGUGCCACCUGAAAUACAAGGAAGAUUUCGUGGUCGCAAAGAUGGAACCACACAAAAUGUGUUAGCUGCCAUUAGUUUUGACUUAAAGUUCACUUAUCUAUUGGCUGGAUGGGAAGGCAGUGCACAUGAUUCACGUGUGUUAAAUGAUGCAUUUGCUAGGCCAAGGGGAUUUUCAAUUCCUGAUGGUAAAUAUUAUCUUGGUGAUGCUGGGUAUGGUAAUAAAAAUGGAAUAUUGUCACCUUAUCGGAGUGUGCGAUAUCACUUGAAAGAGUUUAGUGAUCGUCCUCAAAUGCGCAAGAAUUGUUCAACCUCCGACACCCUUCAUUGAGAACUACCAUUAAGCGAGGGUUUGGAGUGUUCAAGAAACGAUUUCGAGUGUUAGAUGCAGAACCAUUUUGGUCUUUCCCAACCUAAGUGAAAGUAGUGUUAGCGUGUUGUGUGGUUCAUAAUCACAUUAUGGGGGUUGAACCAAAUGACCAUAUUAUGGAAGAUGCAAUGAACCAAGUAGAGUCUAGUGACCACCAACAAGAAACACAAUCACAUCGGGAGUCCGUCGAAGAUAGUAGAUCGUGGAAUGCUAAGAGAUAUGAGAUAUGCCAAGCCAUGUGGUUUGAUUAUACCAGGAGUGGAGAGUAGUACUUUAUUUAGAUUUCUAUGAUUGUAAUGUGUUUUUUCUUUUUGUUUUUUGUAAAGACAAUGUAUUUACUAUAGACUUUUGGUGGUGUAAUGAAAAAGUAUUUUCAGCAUUACAUAGUUAUUUGAUGGUAUUACAUUGUCAUUUCCAGUGUUAGCAUGUUUCAUUCUGUUGUGCACAUUUAUAAGCGUGGUUGUAUGUGUGUUUGAUUUGCUGUUCAUGUUCCGAGUGUAAUUACUAAAUGCUACUCUCACUAUACUAUUUUCAUAUGUAGUAAUGUCAAAGGGUAAAGAGAAACUUAGCAGCAGCAAGCAAUUUAGGUGGCUGCCAUCCAUGCAUGAAAUGAUGCUUAGGAUACUUACAGAGGAGGCUGCAAAGGGCAAUAAGCCCUCUAAUACUUUUAGGGCUGGCUCCUUUGCUCUUGUAGCGAAGGAGAUAACGGCCCAAUUCGGGGUUGAGUGCCACCCGUCCUAUGUUGACAACCGAAUGCGAACUCUAAGGACCAUGUGGUCCACUAUUCAAACUCUUAGAAAGAAGAGUGGAUUUGGUUGGGACGAUAAUCUGAAAAUAAUAACUUGCGACGCUAAAACAUACCAAGAAGAAGUUAUGGCGCAUCAAAAGCAUGCAGAAUAUCUAAACAAAAAAAUUGACUUUUAUGAUGAAUUAGCGAUUGUUGUGGGGAAGGACACAGCCACGGGUGGCUUUUCUAAGUCCUAUUUGGAUAUUGAAAAUGAGCCAGACAAUGGGGAUAGUGCGGAGUUUGUUGCAGACAAUGUGGAGGAAGGUGUGAUUGAGAAAGGGAAGAAUGCAGUUGAGUCAUCCACCACUGGGUCGGGAAUUUCCAAGUCCCGCAAAAGAGGGCGUGCACCUUCUAAUACUGAUGAUAGUGUGCUGACUGAUCUGUUUGAUCAGCUGAAGGAAAUAGCUGUGGCUCUGAAAGAAAUCAAUCGAGGCCCUGUGGAUUACACAACUCUGUACAAUGAGGUAAUGGCUAUGAUGGCGGAUAGAUAUAGCGAAGAUAUGCUGGCAACUGCCUUCGACCAUCUUUGUAAAAAUGAGAAGACAGCUCGUGGAUUUCUAGCCAAGAAUGCUAGGUUGAGGAAGUUGUGGUUAGAUGGGUUUUUGUUCUCACAAAUUUGAUUUGUUUAUUUCAUGUUGACUAUGAUGGUAGAUUUAGGAAUUAACUUUUGUUGUAGUGCUAGUAUUGACCUACCAUUGUAUUAUAUAUGUAGUCUUUUGUAUUAUUGAGACGAUACAAUUGCCCAAAUUAUGUAUUUUUACUGUUUUGAUACCACGAAUAGGUAUCAUUUUUGUACACCAUGGAGGUGUAAUGAUUUCAGGUGAACGAUUGAUGUGGCUGUUUUUAUAUAAAUAUUAUGGGUAUAUUCAAAUGAUUA